AUGGUUUUCUCAAUUAAGAACGUGGCUAUUGCCUCUGCUUUCCUCUCCGUUGCUCAAGGAGCUGUUAUGGGAAAACGUGCUCUCUCCGGUCAAGCUACUUCUUAUGGUGGUAAUACCAAUGGAGGAGCUUGUUCAUUCUCUACCUACACUCUCCCAUCUAAUAUCCUUGGUACCGCGCUCUCUGAUUCCAACUGGGCUACUGCGGCAAACUGUGGUCGUUGUGUUUCUGUUACUGGUCCAUCUGGUAACAACAUUACUGCUAUGAUCACCGACGAAUGUCCCGGCUGCGGAACCAACCAUCUAGAUCUCUACCAAAAUGCCUUCACCAAACUCGCCGCCCUCAGCGUAGGCAUCAUCGACAUAACCUGGGAUUACGUCCCCUGCCCCAUCACCACCCCCCUCCAAGUGCACCUCAAAGAAGGAGUCUCAGCCUACUGGUUCAGCAUGCAAGUCGUCAACGCGGCCGAAGGAGUCUCCAAACUCGAAGUCUCGACCGACGGAAGUAAGACCUGGAAAUCCACCACCCGCACCACCUACAACUUUUUCGAAAACAGCUCUGGUUUCGGAACUACCUCGGUGGAUGUCAGGGUUACCGGUUUGAGUGGUAGUACCGUUAUCAUUAAGAAUGUGGCUGUUACUCCCGGACUCGUCGUUACUGCUUCGGGAAAUUUGAAAUCUGGAAGUACCGGGUCUGCUAAGACUGUGGUUCCGGCUACGGUUUCUUCUACUUCUUCUGAAGUGGAUACUGUUGAGCCUGUUGUUGCUGCGGAUGCUGUCGCUACUCCUUCUGCUUCUCCAGUCGCUGCAGUAUCUACUCCAGAUGUUGUCGCUACCCCCGCUUCAUCUCCUUCUCCUUCCGUCGCUGAAGAACCUACUCCCGAAUCAGAGGAAUCUGAUGAGUGUGAUGAAUCUUAG